GGUCUUUUCCACCUUUUAUUCUGAUUCUGAUAAACCUUCCGGAAGGUCCUUCUUCAUAGCUUACACUUUUAAUCUCACCCACCAUAAUUCUUUCCAUUCUAUCGUUCCUUUACGGACACAAUCUCUACACUACCACAAUCCAUUCUGUCUCGUUGCAUUCUAUUGUAGCAUCAAUCGAGUCAAUUAUUGUCGCAUUGAGCUUCAAGCUUGCAUACAAGUCGCGUCGCUAUUGCUGGCAGUAGCAAUUAAUACAUCAACAAUACACUUCAGUAAUUUCAUAAUAAUUCUACGACAGUUCUAUCGUUGCUUAGGGAGAGCUCUCGCCGGAAUCACUAGCAGAUAUUCUCGAAUUUGAUCUUUCCAAACUCAAUUGGGACAUUCAGAUAAUCAUACAACUCCUCACUUCACGGCUCCACGAAGAGUCUACAUAUAUCUACAAAGUCCUACCUCGAACCCUCGAACCAAAGUCAACCAUCGAGAUUCCAUUACUUCACAGCUUCGCAAAGAGAGUCUACAUAUAUCUACAAAGUCCUACCUCGAACCCUCGAACCAAGAUCAACCAUCGAGGUUCCAUUACUUCACAGCUUCGCAAAGAGAGUCUACAUAUAUCUACAAAGUCCUACUUCUAAUCUUCGAACCAAGAUCAACCAUCGAGGUUCCAUUACUUCACAGCUUCGCAAAGAGAGUCUACAUAUAUCUACAAAGUCCUACUUCUAAUCUUCGAACCAAGAUUAACAAUCGAGGUCCCCUCACUCACUACAAUAUCGCAGAACAAUGAAUUAUCAAACUCCAUAUUACGUCCCGAUGCACAUGAUGCAGAAUUUCCAAGCUCAUCAAGCUACAGAAAGAUGGGACGUUCAAAAUCUCCCUCAUAUGCCUGCAUGGAUCUCCACUGACCGUGGCCGCCUUCCAAAACGCGAAUAUUCAACUACGGCAAUCCCCCGCAUUGCGCACUGUAACCUAGUUGCCGAUGCCAAGGCUAAAGCUACCAGCUUGAUGAAUUUAUAUCCAGACAUUGUUUGCCAUGUUUGGAAGCCUACCGAAUGGGACGACCUUUGCUUUCUUUGGGAUGCAGCCGAUAUACAAUUGGAGGGCCCAGGAUUCCUCUAUUAUGUCAUGUUUUUUAUUGGCGAGGAAAAUGAUCGAUGCAGACCAGAAAAACAGAAGGCGACAAUUGAUGAAUAUGCCGAAGUCUGGGUCGCAGAUCAUACAGAUUUGGUUUUGAACUCUGCUGCGGGUAGCAUGUACCAGCAUUUUUGCCUUACUGAACCUGAGGAAAUUGCUCCAGAGCUAAAGCCAAAGCUUGAAGCAGCUUUGGAGAAUUGCCGUUUGCGCCUCUUACAAGCCACCCCAACAGUCGCUAACUCAGUCCCUUCUCCCGAUACAUCUCAGUCGCUGCAUCCUCAAGGCACGAUCGCUCCGAAUACCAGGGCUGUCUCAGGCAAUUAUAUUCGUCAUAUGCAGGUCGGAAACGAAGUCAAUCAACCAGCAAUUGCUCCUAUGACAGGAAAAGCAGCAGGAGUAAAUCAUGAAUCGUAUCGUUUCAAUUCCAUGCAACCUCAACUCAACUAUAGCUUCCAUACCAAUAGAAUUGCUAGUAUGCCGCCAAAUCCAACAGCUCAAAACCACUUGAAAUCUGCGAAUCGAGGCGAAGCUGCCGCGGGGAUGACGUCGACUCAUGCACACCAACCACAGAAAUACGAUCGAUUCAUGAAGAAUCAGCGCAGCAUGGCCAAUAAGACGAGUGCUACGACUAGCCUGAAUGCUUCUCCAACCCGCCCCGAGAGCUACCAAACCGAUAAUGGGCUUCGCAACAAGUCUAGGCAUCGUGGGAAUUCGAUUGAGACUUAUCAAAGUAGAAGACAUCAAUGGGCCGGGCCUCAUGGAGCUCAGCCAAACAAGUUUAUACACCCAUCGCAGAACUACCAGCAACAAAACAUGUUCUAUAGCACGGGAGGAAGCCCUCCUCGAGCUCUUCAGCCCCAGCCUAUUUACUUCCGCAACGAACAUGCUCCCGCCCCUUUUAGCGACAAUUUCAACCGUCGCAUGGGCAAAGACAAUUUGGUUGGUUCUCGCAUGGAACUUCCUAAUGACGUUCGAAAUGUUAAGAAUUUUGAAAAUUCUAAAACCCGUCAACCGUUGCCCAACUUGGGUGAAAUGGAAAGAGAUCCAAAUCUCUGUAAGACAGAUGAAUACUUUCUGUAUACUUAUGACAGUUUUGCGCCAAAAUACUCCUCUGGCCGGACUCUAUACAUGACAGGUGCAGAUUUGAAGAUGUUUUACACUCAUCAGUUGAAAAGUCUAAUGUCCGAAGUCGGAAAAGUCGUGUCAAUUAAAUUCUUACUCCGACCCAAUAAUAAUGGUCCAGUUUUCAUAACAUUCGAUACCGAUGUCUUAGCUCUGGCGAUUGAGAAGUUUGAUGGCUAUAAGAUGCCAAAUGGACGUGUACUAACAGCAGGGUAUCCACUUGAAAAUUCAAGACAGCGAUCGAGCAGUAACUCCAGCUACCACAGUUACCAUGGAGAUAGUCACAAUCGUUACAUGUGUAAUCCUGUGCCCGAAAAUAGAGCUUGGCCAAGAAAAAACUCAAUAUCCCAACAUCGACCCUCGAAAUCUCAAAGUGGCCAGCACCAAUUUCGUUAUCAGAAUGGUAAUCAUAUGACUCCAGGGAACAUCUCUGAUCCUUUCCCAUAUACACCAGAUUAUCAGCCUGUUCCUUUAUAUCCUGGGACACAAGCACAACUUCAACAAACUCCAGGACAUGGGCUAAAUGCGGCGUUCACGGAAGUUAUCCAACAUGAAAGAGGAGUAGGAGCAUUCUUCCAACAACAAAUACCUCAUGCAGUAUUGAACAAUAGACCAAACACUGCCGGUACUACCCCAUAUCGAUCAUAUAGUGGAGUCCAGGCAGACCGUCAUCGUAAUGGUACAAGACCCGGAUUUGAUCAUAACAUGGCAAAUUUGCCCAACCGACCAGCCAACAGAAAAGAGAAUUCUCCAACCAAGAAAAAGCCCACUAGAAAGGAUUCAACUAACAGUACGGGCAGCCGACACAAGAAGAAAGUUGAACAAGAUACGUCAGCUAACGUAACCCCGAGCGCGACUCCUGUCAAAUCAACGUCUCAAUUUCAAUUGAACAGUCAAAUUGUCCUGGCCUCACCAAAGGCUUUGCUAAGCGAGGAACCGACAAGCUCCGCAACAGACCAAUCGUUAAUCACCGAGGCCAAAGUAGAGACCAUUGCUGCUAUGAAGGUGGAGAUUGUUAAACAGAUACCGGUUGAAGUCUUAAAAUCAUCAGGCCCUGUCGAACACUCGGUGUCAGAACCACUGGGUGGAAUUUUAGCUGCAUUGGAUUCGGAAUCGAUGUCUCAAGAAAAGUCGAAGAAUUCGAAGAAAAACAAGAAGCAAUUCAAAUCCAUCAGCAAGGUCGCGAUCGAUAAGGAAAAUAACAUUAGUAUAACCCCUACCACACUUUCGCCAACUGAAUCGACAGCUACAAAUCCAUCAAUUAGUGGCGAAGACACACUGUUCAGUGAGGACUCGACCCGAAAACCAAGUGUUUCUUCAACUGAAUCUAGAUCUAACAAUGCCUCGAAAGACUCUGUUCUCCAAGAAACUACCCGAGAUGUAAGCGAAAUUCCAAUAGACAUCAAACGAACAACUGGAAAAUCCUCAGACAAUAAAGUCAUAUCUGAAACAAUUUCGACCUCAAGUGUCACUACGGCUUCAAAUACACCCAAUGUACCUCUUACAAAGUCCAGCUAUAAGAAGUCAAAGACUCAGACUUCUACGAAGGACUCCAAGAAACAGUCCCAGUCAAAUCAUCCAGAUGCUAAUAAUGAUUCUUCAACCACCAAUACUGGAUCUGUACAUAAUACCGAGCCCAAGACAGUUAAGCCCCAAGGCAAAACCUUUAAAGAUGGCGUUGCUGAAUCUUCGGGGCAACAAGAACGACCAAAGACGGGUUUGAAGAACAAGAAGAAGCGAAGUUUGCCUGAGAUCAGUCAGGAGAAGGCAAAGCCUUCAAUCUCGGUUGAUCCUACGAACCCAUCUGAAUGGCCUGCCCUGGCUCCUUCCAAGUCCCCCCCUUCAAGUAUUGCUGAUGGAAAGCCACCAAAAUUACCUACUCUACCAGCCUUGAAUAGUCGAAAAACAAAAGAAGUGAUAUCACCGGCACUGCCUCUCAAGCCGCACCGACAAUCGUAAGAAUUUCAAGUCUAAUAUCCAUUCGCCAUGCGAGCUGAUUCCGUGUAGGGAUUAUACACUAGGGGGAAAGGCUUGGCCAUUCGUAAGAAGAUGCAUACGAAAGGCCUCAUUAGAAGGUAGCAGUUGUUGAUCAAGGUAGUAUUACUUUUGAUAGCAGACUGUAUCAAUAUUUGUAUUUACUGGUAUCUUCUCAUUAAACACUAUCAAUAGAAAGGGUUGGGGAGAAGAGUGACUUAUUCAUAGUAUUAAUGUUUCACAUCAUCAUUAGUCACAAGUCAAUAACACUGAUAUCUAAUGAGUUAAUGAUUGCCUCUCA